CGUGCGCCACCCGGCCUUGUUUUCCUCUUCGGGAUGUCCUGAGACAUUUCCCAGACUGCCAGAGCCUUUUCUGGUUAUGUUUUGACACCGAGGGUCACUGCUGGCCUCUCCUGGGCUAGAGCGAGUGAACCUUGCUAGUGUGGGGGACCCAGUCUUCUAGGAGGGAGGGACGGGGCUUUGAGGCUGCUGUCCUUGGUUCCGGGACAGCGAUCUCGCCACCGGAGGCCCCCAGGUGCUCUGUAGCACGCCCCGGGUAUGGGCCUGUGAGAGAGGGCCCCUCGAGGCAUCUAGAGACCGCUGUACCAAAGAGACUUCAGCCGCGUUACCAGAUGGCGGAGUGGCGCCAGGGCUUUGAGACAAGUUCGCUGUGGGCAUGAGCUUUGAGAAAGUGACCUCACGAGUGAACCUGGGAAGCGAUUCACAGGGCUAUCACGUGGAAGGACUGACCCUUGCGCUGUGUAUUCUGUAGUGUCGUCCAGCCCAGUGAGAAAGGGCCAAGAGGAUCUCACCUUAGUGCCGAGACCAGCGUGUCUCAGGGGUGUGUGCGUGCCAGUGGCUGGCAGGGUAGUUCUGGUAGGACUGUGCUAGACAAGGAUCAGAGGAAGUGAGGCGGGGCCCCUUCCGACUGAAACUGCACAACACACCAAGUUGUCUCUUGGGGAAGGUUUUUGUUGUUGUUUUUUAACUUUUAAAACGUUUUGUUAUUUUAAAGAGAAAUGCAAAUAACAGCUUUAGAACAGCCACUGGUGUUGGAACUGGAAACCAGAACUUUUGAAAGAAACUUCAGGAUGGCUUUGAACUUGAUGGGUUAGAAAUCAGUGAGAACUCUUCUCCAGCCAGCGUGCGCCUGCCUGUGGGAAUGUCUGGGAGCGGGCCUUGAGGAAGUUGUUCUGCAGAUGGCCAAGCUGCUGCUCCAGGAACCCGCCUGAUGGAUCUGGCUUUUCUAGAGGUCUCUUGCUUUCUUAUGUUCCCUGCCACAGUUCUAGGAGCCACAGAGACAUUUGCGGACCUGAGAGGUCUGCACAGGAAGGGAGUAGCGCUCUCCUGCUGACUAAAAACUAAGCAAGUUGUGACAGAGGACUCCUAAUCGUCUCACACCUGGAUCUGCUUUUUUGGGGACAUGGUUGGAAACAAGAAGUGAGACUGGGAAAGGGAACCCAAAGGAAGAGGAUGAGGCCUGCUGGAGAGUAAAUGGCCUCCCCCACCUCGCCGGAGACCAAGGCAGCCUCCUGGUGGAAUUAUUUUUUCCUUUAUGAUGGCUCCAAGGUGAAGGAAGAAGGAGAUCCAACAAGAGCUGGCAUUUGUUAUUUUUAUCCUUCCCAGACUGUCCUCGACCAGCAGGAGCUGCUCUGUGGGCAGAUUGCCGGUGUUGUCCGCUGCAUCUCUGACAUUUCCGGCUCUCCUCCCACUCUCAUUCGCCUGCGGAAGCUGAAGUUUGCCAUAAAGGUUGAAGAAGAUUAUCUUUGGGUGCUGGGCUGUGCUGUGGAGCUCCCUGAUAUCAGCUGCAAGCGGUUCCUAGAUCAGCUCAUUGGAUUCUUUAAUUUCUACAAUGGUCCUGUUUCUCUGGCUUACAAGACCCAUUCUCAGGAGGAGCUGAGUUUGCAGUGGGACACUUUCAUUGAGCAAGUUCUGAAAAACACCAGUGAUCUGCAUAAGAUAUUCAAUUCACUGUGGAACCUGGAUCGAACCAAAGUGGAGCCCCUACUGUUGCUGAAGGCAGCCCUCAUCCUGCAGACCUGCCAGCGCGUGCCACACAUUCUAGCUGGCUGCAUCCUCUAUAAAGGACUCAUUGUAAGCACCCAGCUCGUGCCCUCCCUCACCGCCAAGAUCCUGCUCCACAGACCUGCGCCUCUGGACCAGAGACCGCCUGCAGCAGGGGAUGCAGCACAGGACCCAGGAGCAGUAUUCCCGCCAAAUGUCCAGAUCACCCCUGUCUUCCUAACCGAAGAGGAAGUUGCCAGUCUCCAUGAGUUCCCAGUGGAGCAGAUGCCCAGGCCAGCCAGGCUCCAGGACAGCAUGGCCCAGCAUCUUGCAAAGGAUGGGAGCACAUCUGCCCCCCAAAAUGAUGCCACCGGGCAAGUGGCAUCUGUGGCUCCGAUGUCAGCUACUACCCAGGAGCCCAUGUCCCCUGACAGAAUGUGGCCAAAGGGCAAAGGAGAGAAUGGGCAUUUGCCUGGCCAUGAGAUGAAGGACUGGGGGUCCAGGGCAUUGCACACAACUGCCAGGGUCCAGGUCCCUGGCCGCAGCUGCUCCCUGUAUAAGGAACCAGGCUUUCUACAGGAGGAGGUGGACUUGUCCGGAAUCCACAUUCCAGAAGCUGAGGAAAUGGGACCAUCUUCGGGUCAUUGUGCCUUCCCACACAUGCGUGCCCCACGUGGCAGAGGUCUGUCCCAUGAGGACUCCGUCAGUGAUGCCAGCACCCUAGAACCUGUGCCACCUGAGGAUGUGGCCACCAGCAGCCACCUGUCCUCCUCACCUGACAUCCUCACCCCGAAUGGAAUCCAAACGAAGCUUGAAGACCUUCGUGGUACCAGCAGCCACACCCUUGUUUCUGGAACAGACACCCUUGCCAGACAGACCAGCUGGCCAUUGUCCCCUCACCCAGAUCCAAAUCCAGAACAGAGGGAAAGUGAGCUUCCUGGCAGGGACCAGGGUGUAGAUCAGCAAGUGGAUGGAGUCCGUGAGAGCCUUGCAGCCACUGGUCUGGAAUGCAUUUCUGAAUCCGCAGACUCCCAGGGUGACGGCCCCUCUGCAGACAGAGUUCACUGCAGGUUGGCCCCAGUCGAGGUCCCCAUGAGACUCGUGCAGAUGAACCUCUACACCCACAGUGUUAAAGGGUUGGUGCUGUCUCUGCUGGCCGAGGCACCACUGCUGAGAGACAGUGCAGCUGUCGAGGAAGUGUACCACAGCAGCCUGGCAUCCCUCAACGGGUUGGAGGUGCACCUGAAGGAGACCCUGCUCAGAGAUCAGGCCGGCCCUGCAAGCAGUACCUACAGCUUCGUGCACCAUGACCAUGUCCAGAAUGUGCUCACAGCCAUCCUUCCCCCGGUGGCCUUGGCCCAGAACCGCCACUUCCUUCAGGCCGUCAGCCUCAUGCACACAGACUUCGUCCAGCGGCCCACGCUCUAUGAAAUGACUGUCAGGAAUGCGUCCAUGGCUGUGUAUGCCUGCUGCAGCCCUGCCCAGGAGUCCUAUUUCCAGCUGCUGAUGUCCACCGGCCAGGGCUCUGGCUUCCCAAACCCACAAGAUGGAGCCUUCAGCCUCUCGGGCAGAGCCAAGCAGAAGCUGCUGAAGCACGGGGUGAACUUGCUGUGAGCCAGGCUGCAGUCUCAAGAUCCUACCAGUGAGGGAACCUCCACCCUUGGUCAUGGAAAAGGUCCCUCUUGUUUGUCUUGGAGUAGUGCCUUUUAAGGAACAAAAUAUUUUGAGUUUUUGUGACUUUUUGUAGGCUGGA